AUGUUCCUUAAAAAGACUAGAUUUCUGCUUUCUACAGUUAUUUUUGAUCUAAAGGGUGAACCUAUUUUAUUCCAGAAACCUAAAUAUAGUCAAAUGGCUUCAGAAAUAUUUUAUAAGACGCUUAAAAUAGAGGGUAAAUUUGAGAAAAACAACAUCGAUGAUUUCCUACAAUAAUAAUUAAAAGAAUAGGAAUUAAGCAAAAUCAAGCGAAAAGAGUUUUUAAUAAUAGGUACUUUUUUAUCAAAUGUGGGCAAAUCUAGUUUAUUAAAUGCUUUAUUAGGAAGGAAUGUUGCUGAAACUUCGAAUUACCCUGGGAAAACAAGAUCCUUAGAUUUUUAUAAUUUAGGUUAAUCAAAGGUGAUUGUUGAUUCCCCUGGCUACGGUUUUGCAAAGGGGAACAAGAAGGAUAUACAACAUUGGGGAUAUCUCAUGCAAUAUUAUAUCAAAAACUCUCCUUUCUUAAAAUAAUCAUAUGUUCUGAUUGACAGUGAGCAUGGAUUUAAGGAUGUGGAUGCUAUGACAUUAUAAUUGAUGUAAAGUUUGGAAAAGCCAUUUACAAUUGUAUUCACAAAGUGUGAUAAAAUUUCCAAAAUUGAUGAAUUGGUUUAAAAAAGUAGAGAAAAUUUAGAAAAGCACAUCUAUUCGUCUCAAGUGCUUCAUUUUACAAGUGUGAGAAAUAGAACUGGUCUAGUUGAAUUAUAAUAAAGUAUAGCCUUCUAUUGUUAAUGA